AUGAUUAUUUCAUAUAUUUUGGAAUGUUAUUAGUAAGGUCCAUUAAGGUAUAGCCUGGACAACUUUCUGUGGAUUAUUAUUUUUCCCAUCAAAUAUGGAACAAAGAGGAUGCGUUUCAUGGCGGGAGCGACAACAGUGGGUCCUAUUCCUCGUGGCUUUGGUUCUGUCGUGGAACGGCUCUUCGGCUCAGAUAAGAUACUCGAUCUCUGAGGAGUUGAAGGAAGGAACUGUCGUGGGAAAUAUGGCUAAGGAUUUGGGUAUAGAUCCGAGCACCUUGCAUCAGAGGGGAUUUAGAAUCGUAGCUGGAUCGACUGAGCCCCUCUUCCAGGUGAAUCAGAACGAUGGCAUUCUCUAUGUAAACCAAAAAAUAGAUAGAGAGGAGGUAUGUGAGGAAAUCAGCGUUUGUUUGAUACACCUUAAAACAGUGUUAGAAAACCCACUAGAGAUCCACUAUGUUUCUGUUGAAGUGCUUGACGUAAACGACCAUUCUCCCAGCUUCUCUGAAAAGGAGAUACGGUUGGAAAUUUCUGAAUCUGCAUUACCCGGAGCCCUGUUCCAGCUUCAAGCCGCGCGCGAUCCUGACAGUGGCAUUAAUUCUAUUCAACAGUACAAACUCAGUCAUAACGAACAUUUUCGUUUAGAGGUUCAGGAUAGAGGUGAGAAUGGUAAACUCCCAAUCUUACGUUUACAAAAAACCCUCGAUAAAGAAACUAAGAAGACUCAUAAAUUACUGAUCACAGCCAUUGAUGGAGGCAAACCGACUCGGUCAGGGACUGUCGACAUAAUAGUGGAGGUAUUAGAUGUGAAUGAUAAUAUGCCAGUGUUCACCCAGGAUUCAUAUAUAGUGACGCUCGAUGAAAAUUCUCCUAUUGGGACAACAGUGGUGCAAGUCAACGCCACUGAUUUGGAUGACGGUUCAAACGGCGAGGUCAUAUACUCAUUUGGCAACAAUGUGAAUAGUAAGUUACGUCAACUUUUUGACAUUAAUACAAACACAGGAGAAAUAGUUGUUAAAGGGCUGAUAGAUUUUGAAGUAAAAGAUCGUUACGCAAUAGAUAUCCAGGCAUCCGACAAAGGAUCAGCUCCAUUGACUGCUGAUAAAAGUGUCAUCAUAAAGAUAGUUGAUCUUAAUGACAACGCACCUGAGAUAGAGAUAACAUCAUUUUCCAGCAUAGUUGCCGAGAAUUCCCGACCAGGAACAACAGUAGCGUUAAUCAGUGUUAACGAUUUAGACUCUGGUCUCAAUGGGAAAGUUAUCUGUUCUAUCAGUGAGGAUGUCCCUUUCAUGUUAACGCCAUCUUUACAGGAUAACAUGUAUUCUGUAGUUACCAAGUCACCUCUGGAUAGGGAGAAACAAUCCCAGUAUGACGUAACAAUAGUUGCGAAAGACGCAGGACAACCAGCCUUGUCAUCCGAAAAGACUAUCAGCGUCACCAUAUCAGAUGUGAAUGAUAACAGUCCAAAGUUUUCAAUGAGCCCCUAUACUUUCUAUAUAACAGAAAAUAACGAACCAGCAGCCAGGUUGUUUAGCGUGAGUGCAACAGAUUGUGAUGAGAAUGAAAACGCACAGGUUUCCUAUAAUAUAGUCAGAGGUGAGGAGAAUAAUUUAGCAUCGUUUCUCAACGUGAACUCUGAAAACGGAGAAAUAAUGGCGUUAAAAAGGUUUGAUUUUGAAACAAUGAAAACAUUCCAGUUCCAAGUUGUGGCUAAAGACUCUGGAACUCCGUCGCUAAAAAGCAACGUCACAGUGAAUGUGUUCCUUCUGGAUCAGAACGACAACGCUCCAGUGAUCUUGUAUCCAGUCAGCGCUAACGGUUCUGCUGAAGGUGUGGAGGAGAUUCCCCGCAAUGUGAACGCAGGACAUUUGGUGACUAAAGUGAGAGCCUAUGACGCAGACAUAGGAUAUAACGGCUGGUUGUUGUUUUCACUGCAGGAAGUUAGUGACCACAGUAUGUUUUCUCUGGACCGCUAUACAGGACAGAUAAGGACACUUCGGUCCUUCACAGAGACAGACGAGGCUGAACAUAAACUGGUCAUACUGGUCAAAGACAAUGGGAACGUUUCACUCUCAGCAACAGCUACUGUGAUCAUCAACGCAGUGGAGCCCAAAGAGGCUUUUGCUGCUUCUGAUGUUAAAAGUUCAGUCAAAGUAGAUGAUGAGACCAAUGUGACAUUUUAUUUGAUCAUCACUCUGGGGUCAGUUUCAACUCUUUUUCUGGUCAGCAUCAUUGUGUUAGUUGUUAUGCAGUGUUCUAAAACACCAGACUAUUCCCCCAAGUAUUUACAAGACACAAACUACGACGGAACACUUUGCCACAGCAUCCAGUACAGAUCCGGAGACAAACGGUACAUGUUAGUAGGACCCAGAAUGAGUAUAGGUUCAACUAUAGUCCCGGGCAGUAAUGGGAAUACUCUGGUGGUCCCGGAUCACAGGAGUCGUGCAUCUGGAGAGGUAAGAAGGAGCUGAGCAGGGUGUAAAACUGUGAACAAAACAUUGUGAACCUAUUGUUCCUACC